AUGGAUGCCCAUGCCAACUUCUCUGCUGGCUCCCGUGACAUGGAUGCUGAUUCCGACGAGCCGUUUCUGGUCCAUUGCCAGGCCGAGCAUAAGGGCGUCCAUUUUGAAGAGAUUUCACAUACCCUAAACACGACGUCAUGUUCACGAAAAUCGCAACUAUCAACAAUCCGUCUGGCCUACCUGUUCUUGUUGGCCGUCUUUGCCGUCUGGGGAGCGAUUGACGCGGGAACUCAGUUCUUUCAAUGGCUGCGGGGGCCUCCGUCCAUCCAGUGCCACUGCGGAGUCACAGCAGCCGAAGGACUGGCCCAAGGUUGCGUUUUUGACGAGCUGGAACUUGGCUGGAUGCGCCCAGAGUGCGUAGACCGGGAGCUCACCCAAGAAUUCGCACGCUCCGGUCCGGGGAGCGACGGGAUGUGGUACUACGAAACGGAAAUCAACGGCAAGAUGACGCCUGUCAAUGUCAGCAUGCUAUCAACUUUAGUUGAACCGGGGAGAACGGUCAGAUUUACAUACGAGCAGCACAUUACGCACUGCAUUUUUGAAUGGAGAAAACAGCUCCGCCAGCGUUUCCUCGGGACUGUCAUGUCGUUCAGGAGAGGGAUGGAAGAUCACAUCAAGCACUGUGGAAAGAUGUUCCUGUUAGAGGCUGGUAUGAACGAAACAAGGACGAAGUUGGUGUACCCAAGCCAAAUUUCCGGGUAG